AAAAAGCUUGAAACGGUGCAUUUUUGUGUUUUACACUUCUGCGACUGAGACUGUUGUGCCUUCACAUUCGUUCAACUCACAGCAGCAGCGAACCCUAGACGUGAACGGCUGAACCUCGCCGUCGCACGCCGUCUACGGAGGCGGAGGCAAGCUGUCGUGUCUUAACUUGCGCUGUUCGUCGCCGUCGCCGUCACAUGCCCUCUAAAUAGCUGAAUCUAAGGGGUCGAAGUGUUCAUAGAUUAAGGAGUGAUGGAAGAGGCAGAGGAGGAUCAGCGUCGUCGUUUGAAGCUUGAAGAGGCCCUUGAAAUCCAAUCCCUCAGGCGCAUCAUUAGUGCUUACCUCAAUUAUCCUGAUGCCGCAGAAGAGGAUGUUAGAAGAAAUGAGAGGUCUUAUAGGAAGCUUCCACCUUCCCAUAAGGCUUUGUUAUCCCAGUAUCCUCAAAAGUUUCAAAGAUUACGCUGGUGUAUCUCAAUGAAUACUCAUUUCAUAUUCAGCAUGCUUCAAGCAUUUGAACCUCCACUUGACAUGAGCCAGGAUGCAGAUUUUAGUGAAGAUCCUCAUCCCGAAUCUGCCCAAAAAGAUCAUUUAGUUUCUGAAGGGAUUAGUGCUUGUUCAUGUGAGUCAGCCCCUGUGAGAAUAACAUGUUCUGUAUCCGAUCAACAUUGUUGUGUGGAAGGUAGCAAUCAUACAUGCAGAUCACAAGCACAAAUGCAUUCCAAUGAGGAGGUGGGCAUUGAGAGUUGCCAUCAGUCAAAUACUGGGAACCAUUCUCCAAGGUUGAUACAUACUAAAGAAACUAGGGAAUAUUGUGGAAGUCCUAUUGCUGAUUCCAAGGGCAAUGUACCAGACACCUCAUCACAGCAACAAUGGUUGGCUCCAUCUUUAAAAUUGAAUGUUCCUUUAGUUGAUGCAGAUAAGGUGCGAUGUAUAAUAAGGAACAUAGUUAGGGACUGGGCAGCCGAGGGUAAAAAAGAACGUGAUCAGUGCUACAAUCCUAUACUUGAAGAGCUUAAUAUGCUAUUCCCUAAUCGCAGUAAAGAGAGUCCACCUGCAUGUUUAGUUCCUGGUGCUGGACUUGGUCGGCUUGCCCUGGAGAUUUCAUGUUUAGGAUUUAUCAGUCAGGGAAAUGAAUUUUCAUACUACAUGAUGAUAUGCUCAAGCUUUAUUCUUAACCAUUCCCAAACUGCUGGUGAGUGGACAAUUUAUCCUUGGAUUCACAGCAAUUGCAAUUCAUUAUCAGACAGUGAUCAACUUCGUCCUGUUUCAAUACCAGAUAUUCAUCCAGCCAGUGCAGGAAUUACUGAAGGUUUUUCCAUGUGUGGAGGUGACUUUGUUGAAGUUUACAGUGAUUCCAGCCAAAUUGGUGCUUGGGAUGCAGUUGUAACUUGUUUCUUUAUCGAUACUGCUCAUAAUAUUGUUGAGUACAUUGAAAUAAUUUCAAAAAUUUUGAAAGAUGGGGGAGUUUGGAUAAAUUUGGGACCUCUACUUUAUCACUUUGCAGAUAUGUAUGGACAGGAUGAUGAAAUGUCCAUUGAAUUGAGUUUGGAAGAUGUUAAGAGGGUUGCAUUUCAUUAUGGAUUUGAAUUUGAGAAUGAAAGAACUAUUGAGACAACUUACACCGCAAAUUCUAGAUCAAUGAUGCAAAAUCGUUACUUUGCUGCAUUUUGGACAAUGAGAAAAAAAUCUGCUGCAGUGCAGCAGCAAGUGCCCUGAGAAUAGCUGAUUCAAUUAUUGUGAUAUAAAGUACAAAUUAGCUCUCUUUUACUUGGUCAUGCCUUGUACUUUUCCUUGUUGGAGUGAGGAACUUUCCUUAAUUCAUGAAAUCCUGACAAUUUUUCCAACAUUGGGAAGUUAAUUUGCUUUUGGUUAACAAUUGCAUAUCAUGAAUGUUUUUGAUAAUCAUAUGCUUGCCAAAUAGUAUAUGCAUAUCAUGAAUGUUUUUGAUAAUCAUAUGCUUGCCAGAUAGUAUAUGCAUUAUUGGAUACUGUACGAGAAAACUUGAGUGUGGGUUGAAGGUUGAACAGUCCCUUGCUGUGACACAAGCAGGAGCAUUAUUAUGUCAAAGAUGCACUUGUGAUUUUUAUUCUUUUGUAGUUUUCUUUGAAUUUCUUAAAACAGAAGGUUUUCAUAUUGGAAAUUCAUUUGGCAAGGUUAGAAGCAAAGUUUGAUAUUUGUGGAAGAAGCCAGGAAGCUGUUACAGUGGAA